AUGUCUCAAAAUAGUCAUCCAUUUUUACGCAUAGAAAUAUUUAAAUUUCAAAUAAGUCAACAAAAACAAACAAUAGAUUUAAGUAAAGUUAAAACUGAAGUUGAAAUAAAAGAAAAAGGUGAUUCAACACAAUCAUCACGAAUAAAAAAGCCAAUUUACAAUGAAAAUCAUCAAUGUAUACGAUUUGAUGCUGGUUUAUUGACAAAUAUACAACGAAAAAUAUUUAUUCAAAUUUUUUAUAAUGAUAUUUCAUAUAAAUUUCAAUCAAAUUUAAAAGAUUUUCGAAAAUUAGCAGAUGGAUUUCGACAUCAAAUUAAUUUUACACCCAAAGCUCAAGCAGAUAUAAUAAUUGAAUAUAAAAAUCCAUCUAUUCAUAAAGAUUCUCCAUUACAAAUAAACCUUCAUGGUCAACGUUAUGCUGAACGUUAUCAAACUGUUCUUAAACAUGUUGGUCAUAGAUUUGUUGGAAAAAUAUUCAAAAUACCAACAUUUUGUUCAAUUUGUGGUGAUAUUCUAUGGGGUUUCGCUUAUAAAGGUUUUCAAUGUCAACGAUGUGAUUGUGUCGUACAUAAAAAUUGUUUUGAUCGUGGUAUACAUCCAUGUACUGGACAAAAAUAUACAGAUCUUGAAAUGAUGAAAGCUCAUCAUUUUCAACAUGAACAAUUUUCUUGGCAAACAAUUUUUUGUGAUCAUGAUGGAAGUUUUAUUAAACCAGGACAUUCAUAUAAAUGCACUCAAUGUUCAAUGGUUGUUCAUCGACGAUGUCGAUCAAAAGUUGGACAUUAUUGUGGAUAUCAAGAAAAUGGUUUAUUAGAACGUUAUGAAAUUUGGAAACAAAACCAUAAAUCAGAUUCUGAUUAUAAUUAUCAAUAUAAUGGAGAUUUAUGUGAAAUUUAUUCAAAUCUUGAUAAAUGUGAUCAAUCAACUCAUGUUAAAGAAGUUAUUGAGCGUAUAUCAAAACUUCAUCAGUCACAUACAAGUUCAAGUUUGCAAAUAAAUGAAAUUCAAAUUUUACAAACAUUAGGCAUUGGAAUGAGUGGAUCGGUAUAUUUAACAAAACAUGGUGAAUCUUAUUAUGCAAUGAAAACUCUUCGUAAAAAUUUAGUAUUAGAAGGACAAAAUCUUGAAUAUGUUAAAUCCGAACGUGAUAUUCUUAUUCAAUCUCGAUCAAAUCCAUUUAUAGUUCAACUUUUUUAUGCAUUUCAAAAUGUUGAAAGACUUUUUUUUCUCAUGGAAGUUGCUCGAGCUGGAACAUUGUUUAAUCUUCUUGAAUAUCAAGCACCUAAACCAUUUAAACAAGAUCAAAUUGUUUUUCAUAGUGGUGAAAUAAUAUGUGGACUUAUGUUUCUUCAUUCAAAACAUAUUGUUUAUCGUGAUUUAAAACCUGAAAAUGUAUUUAUCUUUGAAGAUGGACAUGUUAAACUUGGUGAUUUUGGUUUAGCAAAAGAAAAUGUUGAUAAAAAUCAUAAAACAAAAACCAUGUGUGGUACAGCUGAAUAUAUUGCUUAUGAAAUUUAUCAUCGAGAUUCUUAUGAUGAAAAUGUUGAUUGGUGGUCAUUAGGAAUUUUAAUAUUUGAAUUAUCAACAUUUAAAACACCAUAUUAUGCUAAUAAUAGUACAGAUAUAACACAAAAUGUUCUUUUAAAUCAAAUUAAUUAUCCAGAAACAAUGAUCAAACAAAAUAAACAAAUUAUAUCUGGUUUACUUGAACGAGAUCCAAAACAAAGAUUAGGAAAUAUUAUUUCUUCACAUGGAUUAUUAAAAGAUCAACCAUUUUUUCAAGAACCAUAUACACUUGAUGCGAUUGAAAAUCGUCGUGUUCGUCCACCAUGGAUUCCUACUUCAUUACUAUCAUUUAAACAAAAAACAAAAGUUCCACAAUUAUCUAAACUUGAUCAAAAAGAUACUCUUUUAUUAUUAUCAACACCAGUAGAUACUUUUCGCAAUUUUUCUUAUAUUAGUCCUAGUGUUGCUAAUUUUCUUUAA